GCUUGCUGGUCGCGGCGCCGCCGCCGCCGCUGCUGUACUGUCUGUGUGUAUGUGUGUGUGUCUGCAGCCCUUCACACGGUUUGGUCGACCAGUACACACAGCGGAGCUUGUCGUCUGGAGAGACGCAAACAGAGACAGGUAGCUUAGUCCGGGUAUGAAACAUGGAGCUCUCGGCGGUGGGAGAUCGCGUUUUCGCCGCGGAAGCCAUACUUAAACGCCGCGUCCGUAAGGGAAGGCUUGAAUACCUGGUGAAAUGGAAAGGAUGGGCAAUGAAGCACAGCACUUGGGAGCCGGAGGAGAACAUCCUGGAUGACAGACUGAUUUUGGGGUUUGAACAAAAAGAGCGGGAAAGAGAAUUGCAUGGGCCAAAGAAAAGGGGACCAAAACCCAAGAACUUUGUUACAAAGGGUCGUGGUCAUAAAGGGGAGACCAGCGGGCGAGCCUCAAACAGCCGUCAGACCACUUCGCGCCCCACUUCGUCCACUUCCAGUCGGGCAGCUUCCUCCUCCUCCUCCUCUGCCUCACCUCAUCAUAUACCAUCGUCCUCCAGCUCAACUGUCGCACCUUCUCCUAAACUCAACUCACUUGCAGCCACCCACAAACUGAAGAAAGACAUUCACCGUUGCCACCGAAUGUCCCGGCGCCCUCUGCCUCGCACUGACCCCAUGGCGACCACCUUCUCCACUCCUGGUGGCUUCCCCUCCCGCAUGCAUGUCUCCCCCUUCUCUGAAACCGUCCGCAUCCUUAACCGUAGGGUGAAACCCCGAGAAGUCAAGAGAGGUCGAAUCAUCCUCAAUCUGAAGGUCAUUGACAAAGCGGGUAGGGGUGGCACAGCUGCAGGGAGUAGGAAUAUUUCAGCAGGACGUCAAAACAUCCCAUCCCGCAAUCGCAUCAUUGGGAAGAAGGGAGAAGCCCCAUAUAGACCUUUCCAGCCUCCUCUGAAGAUGCUGGGGUUUCCGAUGUACGGGAAGCCAUUUGGGCUGCAGUGUGGAGGAGCUGUGCCUUUUCACUCCCACCCAGGUUCAUGUUCCAGCACAGGAGCUAGGGACAGCCGCACCACCUCUUCUCAGUACCAGUCACCACCUUCUCCUUCCAGCUCCAGUGGGUCUGAAGGAAAAUCCCCCACCAAUGCUACAUCUGCCCAGUCUCAGCCUGCCACUGGGGCCUCACCUUCUAGCAAGGAUCCCAAGUCCAGUAAACCUCACGCAGAGACCCAGAAGAGCCAGAGCACCAAGCCCUCCACCCCUGCCCCGUCCUUGGAUGCAAACCAGGCUGCAUCAUCAUCACCCUUCCUCCCCGCCUCUCCCUCUUCUUCAGUGGAAGAUGAAGAAGACGAGGGUGCCCCGGACCGUACGGUGCCGACAGAGGAAGGCAGGAAAAAUCUUCGCCAACGCAGGGCUAAACAUCAGUUGCCCAUCACGCUUCCCGCUACCACUCCAGGGGACCAAAUCUCUGCCCCUGCUGAACCCCAGAGGGUGCCUGCUGAAGGAGACCCCGACUGGCACCCUGAAAUGGCGCCGAGCUGCAAAGAUGUCGUGGUCACGGAUGUGACCACCAACCUUGUCACCGUCACCAUAAAAGAGUUCCCCUCCCCUGCCUCCUGCCCUGCUUCGCCUUCUGCCAGCCCCGAAAAUGCCUCUUCCCCUGCUCCUGUCACCGCCCCUGAUGAUGCCUCCCCAGCGAAGCCAUCUACAUCACUGAUCUUCACGGUCAUAAUGAAGUUCGCGGUGGUGCUUGUGGGAGCUGGCACCCUGGCCUUUCUCGGCGCGGUCAUCUGCAUCAUCGCCAGUGUUUAUCCCCGCAAACGCGCCGCUCUUCUCAGCGAUAAUAGCACCUUGACAUCGGAGUCGCUGCUCCAGCCCCUGGAACCGGGAUCGGUGGCCCACGCCGGACCGCUGGGCGCGCUGCAUGGCGCAGAGUCGUACGAUGGUGGAAACGGGCUCGGCGGCAUUGGCGUGGAAGUUCCCACUCUCAACGAGCUUAACCUUGGGGAGGAGACGGGUGGAGGGUCAGCGAAACAGUUCAGCUUCAGCCGACUGAUCUGCACUCCUGUACCGAUCGGAGAGUGCAAGACCAAAGAUCUGAGGCAGCGUAGGGACCAGCAGCAGCGGCAGCAGCAGGCGGAUGAUCCGCUCUACGGGACCGGAGAUGAAGAUCUCCGGACCACCGCGGAGGAACUCCGGCAGAUGGUCCUGCAGCAGAACGACCAGAUCCUCAUGGAUCAGAGGACAAUUCGGGAGCUGACCGGAAAGCUAAGUGAGUGUGAGAGCGGUCUGGAGGACGAGCGGAGCGUCCCGGAGCGGAGCAUCGGGGUCUGGAGUGGUAACCGCCGCGUCAUGGCCGGGGAUGAUGUGACCUCAUCUGCCGCGGCACAGCUGCAGACGGCGCGGGCUGUGGAGGAGCUGGCUCGGGCCAUUAUGGAGCUGAAGGAUCGCAUCGAGAAACUUGAGGCGGAGAUAGGCCCUGCUGCCCUGAACCUCACCGACACAUCUGUGGGCGCAAGUAGCGGCAGCAGCGGCGUCAGCAGCAGCAGCCCAGCUGUUAACAGCGGCAAGGCUCCAGCUCCACCCACCGGCAGCGCUUCCUCCCCAUCCGCAGGUGCUGCCCCAGGGGGCCGCCGUCCUGCUUCCCCGGGCCCCUCUGUCUCGAGGCCUCCCGCUAAGGGUUCCCCCGGGCGUGGGAAGAGCACCUGGAGGGUGGAGGACCUAGAAGGCGAGCUGGAGAGGAAGAUAAAGAUGCUAGAGAAGGAGAGACAGGCCAUGAGGAAGGAGACACAGGGCCAGCAUGAGAAGAUCAACAAGGGCAUCGACACUGUCAGCCAUCGCGUCACUGAGCUGGAACACACACUGACAGAGCCGCCGUUCCCUGAUGGCUUUGUCAUCUCCUUCCCCAUGCGCACCAACUACAUGUACGGCCUGGUGAGAAAAGAGAUUACUGAGAUGUAUGCCUUCACUGCCUGCCUAUGGCUCAAAGCCAAAGAAGGUGGCAUCGGGACCCCCUUCUCCUACUCUGUGCCGGGGCAGCCCAAUGAGCUGGUGCUGUUACAGGGAGUCCACAACCCUGUGGAGCUGCUUAUUAACGACAAGGUGGCGCAGCUGCCGCUGUCCCUGCCACAGGAUGAGUGGCAGCACAUCUGUGUCAGCUGGACCCUCAGGGAUGGGGUUUGGAAAGCCUACCAGGGUGGGAAGAUGAAGGGCAGAGGCGAGGGACUGGCGGCCUGGCACCCAAUCAAACCCGGGGGAGUCCUCAUUCUGGGACAGGAACAGGACACACUGGGGGGGCGUUUUGAUGCCUCCCAGGCCCUGGUCGGAGAGCUCUCCCAAUUCAACCUGUGGGACCGGGUGCUGAAGCCAGCUGAGGUGGCGGCCGUGGCUGACUGCAGCUCCUCGGCGCUGGGCAACAUCGCGCCCUGGACCGACCAUGAUGUAGAUGUCUAUGGUGGAGCCACCAAGGAGUCCCUGGACCCGUGCCACGCUGCCCAGAGAUCCAACCCCUCUGGCCCCAAACAGUGAAGAAUGACUGGGAGAGGUCAGCCGAGGGAAGUCAUGUUUGAAAGCUCAAAUUUAGGAGCCUAAAGGCUUUUUUUCAAAUUGAAGAGUUCAGUAUAUUUGCUCGUUGGGGGUUGGUAAGCUUACCGGCGGACUAUUAAAUUGUAAAGAGUGGUGUAUCUGUUCUGUUCUUUGUGUUGGUGUCCACGCUCAUGUGUUUACUUCUGCAGUGAGAUACAGUGAGUUUAGUCACACAAUCACCUUAGCGAAGGCUGCAUGGGUUGAUCGACCUCUGGCAUGAAAGGUUUAAACAGAGACUCUGCAUUACAGAGUUGAAUCUGCAGUUUGGAUCAUAAUCUGUAGGGCAGAAAGUUUCAGUGCAGUUACGGGAUGAACCUUUAAAGAUGCCAUAUCUGAGGGUUUCUUCAUUUUACAACACAGUGGCACAAAAUUCUGUCUUUUCUCAUCUCGUGUCCAGCUGGUUGUGUUAAAUGCUACAACUGAUUUCUGACAUGCUCUAGUGGUAAUAUCUAUUUUAUUACUCAAUGGGGAAAUGAGUUUGAUCCAUUUUUAACUGUAUAUGAUCCUGUUGAGUAAUGUCUGUGUGCUUUUAGGUUUUCUAUAUAGCAUACCAUGAUUUGGUAAACCAGUGGACUUAUAAAUGUAUAAUGUGUAAUGUACUCUGCUGAUGUCGCUCUGUAUCAGUCUGCCCCCCCGUGCACCCCACAGCCCAGCAAAGUCAAGUUGCAGCAUUUUUUUCUGUUUGCAGCUCAGACAACACAGCGCUCUCAGCCGACCUCUGAAAUAAAAACUCUAAGCACCACUCAGACACUGGUAUUACGAUAUAACUGUGGUAUCACUGAAUGUAAAUCAGAUGAAAUGUUUUUUUUUUUGGUGUGUGAAAAUGACGGUGUUUGUAUUCCCAGACUGCCCCACUACACGCAGAUGUCUUUUCUUUCUUUUUGUAAAUCCUCACAGAGCGAGGGGGAGGGUACGAGGAGGAUUCAUUCCAUGAUGGCCGUUUUGUACUUAACAGCUGUCUCUGUGCAGAAAAACAGUCUGAAAACAAUUAGUUUUGCCAGCUCAAUCUGCCGCCACCGGGUGACAAUUAACUCAAGCUACCGUCACCCUUUGAGUGACCCAAAGAGCUGCAAGACAAAUACAUUUAGAUUACAGCGUUGGUUUGCCUUAAUCUGGCGACAUUUGUGUUGAUAAUUACAGUAUACGCCAUAGGCUUAUAUAUAUAUUGCCCUGAAUUACUUUUCUUGGUUUUCAGCACAUGUUGCUGCAAAGUCGAUUAUAUGUGACCCCC